GACCAAUGUGUUGUCAACGUCCUUCUGGUCCCGAAUCUUAAAAGGAUAAAGAAAAUACUCUGGGGCUGUCCAGUUGACUAGGCCGAGGACUGGAGGCGGGAAUCUGUGUGGGCGGAGCUAGGGGUCAGAGGUCAGAGGUCUGCGAAGGGGGCGGAGCGAAGCGGAUGGCGGCUCCUCUUCGGUUUCUGAGGCGCUGAAGCUGGGACGCGGGGGUUGGACGCGCCCAGCGGAGGAAGGCGAGCGGCGGCCGCUCCCAACAUGCACAGCCUGGCGACCGCCGCGCCUGUGCCUACUGCACUGGCUCAAGUGGAUAGAGAAAAGAUCUAUCAGUGGAUCAAUGAGUUAUCUAGUCCUGAGACAAGAGAGAAUGCUUUACUGGAGCUAAGCAAGAAGAGAGAAUCUGUCCCCGACCUUGCACCCAUGCUGUGGCAUUCAUUUGGUACUAUUGCAGCACUUUUACAGGAAAUUGUAAAUAUUUAUCCAUCUAUCAACCCACCCACCUUGACAGCACACCAAUCCAACAGAGUUUGUAAUGCUCUGGCAUUACUGCAAUGUGUGGCAUCACACCCAGAAACCAGGUCAGCUUUUCUUGCAGCACACAUCCCACUUUUUUUGUACCCCUUUUUGCACACUGUUAGCAAAACACGUCCCUUUGAGUAUCUUCGGCUCACCAGCCUUGGAGUUAUUGGGGCCUUGGUGAAAACAGAUGAGCAAGAAGUUAUCAACUUCUUAUUGACAACAGAAAUUAUCCCUUUGUGUUUGCGCAUUAUGGAAUCUGGAAGUGAGCUUUCUAAAACAGUUGCCACAUUCAUCCUCCAGAAGAUCCUAUUAGAUGACACUGGUUUGGCUUAUAUAUGUCAGACAUAUGAGCGUUUCUCUCAUGUUGCCAUGAUCUUGGGUAAAAUGGUCCUGCAGUUAUCCAAAGAGCCUUCUGCCCGUCUGCUGAAGCAUGUAGUAAGAUGUUACCUUCGACUCUCAGAUAAUCCCAGGGCACGUGAAGCACUCAGGCAGUGCCUCCCUGACCAGCUGAAGGACACAACCUUUGCCCAGGUGCUAAAAGAUGACACCACCACGAAACGCUGGCUUGCACAACUGGUGAAGAACCUGCAAGAGGGCCAGGUCACCGAUCCCCGGGGUAUCCCUCUACCCCCUCAGUGAUCUUUCCCUAUCCCCUCCCACUCCUCCCCCAAGUUGGAGAAGGGAAGGGGAUCCUACAAGGAAAACAGCUCAGGUUUUAUCGCCAACCCGGAAUAGACAACCUCAAUAUUGAAACGCACUGGAGAAAGGGGGCAAGGUACCCUUGCUGAGGUGUAUAGGCUGCCAUCAGGCUGCCUUGAGGACCUGGGCUCCUUCUGCUACUCCCAGGAAAUGGGCUCCUGACACAGCAGUCUGAAAUCAGCCCCAGGAGGGUGUCAACACCAGCAAAUGCUGUAUUUGCAGCGUGCCCAAGAUGACCCUGAUCCCCAGUCUCUACCUAGCCACUGGUAGAGAGGAGAGACAGUGGUUAUAGCAACAGGACUCUAGGCAUGGUGAGCGCCUGGGACCAAGCCAUGUGGCGUUUUUUUGUUUUUUUUUACUUUGCCUUCCUGGAAGACUCAAGAUGUGUCUCUUAAUUCUCUCUCUCAGUAUUUGUUUACUUUGGUUUUGUUUUAAUCUCAGAGAGAGGUGUGUUUAGUGGACACAAGCUGUAAUUUUCAGCAAAACGUUGUCAAUUGGCACUGUUUACAAGUCUAUUAGCUGCAUAAGCUCAAUAAAAAGUUGGUCUGGGCAUUACAUCCCCUCUGGCAGGCCAAUAGCUGCAUCGAGCUGCUGGGAGAGAUGGGAGGCAGGGGAAAGAUGUAAAGCCAAAGGACAGCAGGAAUCCUCCACCUGUUUCCCUCCUCCUCCUAUUCUACUUUCAGUCCUGAUGCCAUGAGGACCCUAACCUUGUUUCUGGCUUUAGCUGCUAGCUUUUUUCAAAUCUUAGUGCUUUUCCCUUUUUUCACUUCCCUCCUAUUAAACUUACAACAGACGUCUUAAUUCAUCCAGCUAUUGAAAAGGUAUUUGUAUUAAGGCAGAAGGAGUAAAGGAAAUUCUUCCCAUCCAAGACCUCAAGGAUAUUUCCCAAAUGACUUUUGAAAGGGCAGCGCAUGGGAUUACGAAGAUAAGCUACCUGAUCACAUUUCUUAGUGUGAAUUUCUGUAGCGCCAUCUCUUCAUGAUUAUACUUGAAGCAGUAUUAGUUGAGUUUAUUUUAUUCAAAUUUAAGAUGAAGGGCUGGACUCUGCUUGCUCAUUCAAUCUUUUUUUGUGUGUGUUGUUUUCUUUUGACGUGUUUUCUUUGAGUCUGUGGAAAUUACAGGGAUGCCACUAAAACAUUCUUCACUUGUUUGUAUUGCAUUGGACAGUUCCUCUCCCUUUUCUGCAGACUUGACUAUAAUCCAGUGCAACCCUUCCCCUAUUAGGACCUGCUCUCUCAUCCUCACCUCUGAAGGUGGAAUUGCUGAUCCAGUUAUAGAGAGGUACUAAGUCUUCUUUGUGCACAUCUCACACAAUUGUAGAUAUAUCUGACAAGUUUAUGGAGGGGCGAUAAGGAGCAAGCUCAGAUAAACUUGCAGAGGCAGGUUUGCCAACCCAAGGGCUCUUUAAGCUGACUUCCAGAAAGGGAGUUGGCCUUGUCAGUUGGCUUCUGUCUCUAGAGCCAGGAAAGUAGUAAUUUAGUAGCCUAGAUGUAAGAAGGGUGGAAUAAGCACUUACUCCCUUGCCUUCCAAAAUGAAGAGGAGAACCAAGCCAGCUCUCGAUCUGAAGAGGAGAGGUCCUGGAGAAAGCAGAGCUGAGCAUCGACUGGACGUCUUGACUCCUUCAGCCCAUAGCCUAAUGUGGCGAGUCCAACUAGGCUAACCUGAUUUUUGACAGCCACCUUCCUGCUGAGCCAAAGUUUUCUCAUUACCCCUCCACUGGGGAAACAGCUGAGGCCCAGGGCCUUGCUCCCUGGAAAAUUCUCUCUCCAUCUUUCGGUGCACUGGCCAUCCUACUGUGCCAAUGGUGUCUUAAUUCUUGCCCAUCUAUUCUCAGCUGGCCUUGGAUCCCACGUAGGAGUGGGGAGGGGAGGGGUAUAAUGGGUAUUCCUUGUGGUUGGUCCUGAUGUGUGUAUUAUAUAAAGAGACCCCCUCCCCUUUAUUUUGUGUUUUCCAGCCUUUUCACACCCUCAACAGGAUUGAAAUAAAACAUGCUUCUGGUUUUGUAAAAAAAAAAAAAAAGAA